GGUAAAUGCAAGGAGUAUUACCUACAUAAUGUAGAGAUUUUAUGAACAAAUAAUAUUGGUAACGAUUCUUCAAAAAGAUUAAGAAAGAGGGUUAAUAGAGUGAAUAUUUUGAGUGGUAUGGCAAUUAUGAUAGCUAUAAUCAUUUGUUUAAAAAAUUCAUUAAAGUUGAUGAUAGUGUUUUUCAUGCUGGUUGUGGUAAAUCCCUCCUAUCAGAAUAACUUUAUGAUAAUGGUAUAUGUAAAAAUAUUAUCAACGUCGAUUAUGAAAAAAUUGUAAUUAUUUAUUAAUUAUGCUUUAGUCACUUGAUUAAAUGCGAAAGCGAUCUGAAAAUAAGAGACCUGAAAUGUAAUUUUAAUGUAUGUCAUUAACUGAAGAUAUUAAUAUUUAAUCAGAAUAAUUUGAUGUUAUUCUUGAUAAAGGAACUCUUGAUGCUAUUUUUCCAGAUGAAGAAACUCCUUAAGUAAAUACUUAUUUAGCAAAUAUGCUCAGAAUACUAAAAAAGACUGGGAAAUUUAUUAUUAUUUCCCUCUUAUAAGAUCAUAUUCUUAAAACUCUUUUGUAGUUACAAUAUAAUAUUGAAAUUUAUGAAUGCAUUAUUGAAAAAAGUAAACUUUAUCCAUUUUUUAUUGUUAUUGAUAAAAAUGAAUAAAAAUCUAUUUAAUUCUAUUAAUUGUAAAAGGAUGUUCAAACUUUAAACAUUAAAUAAGCAUAAGAAAUUAUAAAAAAAAUAUAAUUACAAAAUCACUUUGUUACAUCAAUUCAUAAACUAAGAUAAAGCCAAAGUUUUACCUUAGAUAUUUGGGAUAAUAACAAUAAAUAAACUCCUAGAUAUAAAUUAGAUAUAUAUGAUAAUGAUGAUAGUAAAAUUUUAUUAUAAAAAACUUGUGGGUGUUUUAUAGUUCCUUAAGGAAGAGAACAAUCUUUUUUAUUUGGAACUGAAUAAGGACAUAAAGAAUUAAUAAAAUAAAUGAAAAUGUCAAGAUGUGUAAUAGCACGUAUGAAUCCUGGUCAUAAAUUCAAUAACAUGAAAUAAGUAUAAUAAGAAUUAUCUGAACCAAUGAAAUAACUAAUACCAAAAGGAUGCACUAAUAUACCUUGUCCAUUUUUAACUGAUGGAGAUGAGAUUGGUGAAAAAAAUAUAAUUUUUGAAGCUGAUGAUUGUUUAGUAGAGGAACUUAAUAUUGAUGAUAUUAAAUAUAGAAGACUAAUAAUAAAAAGUGCUUUAGAUUUAAUUUAGAGUGAAGCUAAAAUUAUCAAUAAUAAAGUCGAUAAUUCAUAUUUAGAUUUUGAAGCUUAUGUAGCCAUAGUUGCAGGAUUAGCUUUUAAUAAAGCAAAAGAAGUUCUUAUUUUGGGAGGAGGUGUAGGAUUAUUAAGUAGAUUUAUAAAUGAACAUUUUGGAGUAAAGGUUACUAAUAUUGAAUUAAGUGAAGAUAUUGUCAAUGUUGCUAAAUAAUUUUUUGAUUUCAAAAACACAGAUUCUGAAAAUUUAGUAUGUUGUGAUGCACUUGAUUAUGUAGAUUAAAUUUUAGAAUGUCAUUAAUAUGAUACUAUUAUUAUUGAUAUCAAUGGUAAAUUUAUUAUUUUUAUAUUUUAGCUUCUCAAGCUAAUUAAUUAUCACCACCUAAAUAAUUUUUGUCAGCUGAAUUUUUGAAUAAACUUAAAACAUUGCUUACACCAUAAGGAAUUAUCAUAAUUAAUAUAUUGGAUUCAUAAAAAGAAUUAGUUUAAUUACCAUGGGAUUUGUAUUAUUCAAGGAAGUGUGAAAAUGAAAUUAAUGAAAUAUUUUAUUUAAUAAAUGCUUAAAAAGAAAAGAAGUAAUUAGAUGGAAAGGAAAUUGAUGUUAUUGAUAAAGGUCUCUUAGAUGCGAUCACUUAAUAAUUAAAAGAAUCGAGAAUUAACUUUUCUAAAGGAAAAUGGGAUAAUUCUAUGAAUUUAGCUAAUGAGAUUGAUAAUAUCAAACUAAAGCAUCCUGUUUUUAAGACAUAAGCAUUUUAAACUUAAGAUGCAUUGCUUGUUUAGGAUGGAGAAGUUAUUAAUAAUCGUAAAGAUUUUUAUUAAGAAGAUUUAAAGAAAGUAUAAAAGAAAAAACAUAAUAGACGUAGAAAGAAUUGA